CACCCUCUCUAUAGUGGCCUGGAGAGAGACAGGAGGUCAAGGGUCACCACCAGUCAGAGAUCAGAGACGAAGGAACUACCCAACAGAGAUCAUGAACAAGGACCUCAGUCAAAGGCUAGAAGACCUUAAGAAAAAGAGAAGAGAGCUGGGGGCGGUGCGUGAGCGUCUGUGGGCGGCCCACCAGGAGAGGCAGCAGGAGGGGGCCGCCGACCCCCGCGGGGACCAGCUGACGGCUGCUGCUCGCAACACACACCUCGUCCAGGAUGUACAACGUGAGAUGGCGAAGCUCCGCACCCUGCGGAGCUCACCUGUGCUGUCUCAGGUCCUCAUAUUGCGUGACGAGUACCUGGCCAUGUGAGCCCCCACUGUCACCUGGACGCUCUCAGGUCCUGAGUGCCUGGUUCUGUGAGCCCCCACUGUCACCUGGACGCUCGCAGGUCCUGAUUGCAUGGCCCUGUGAGCCCCCACUGUCACCCGUUAUCCUGAAUGCCUGGCCAUGUGAGCCCCACUGUCACCCGGAUCCUGAAUGCCUGGCCAUGUGAGCCCUACUGUCACUCGGAUCCUGAGUGCCUGGCCCUGUGAGCCCCCACUGUCACCCGGACGCUCUCAGGUCCUCACCCUGCGUGACGAGUACAUGUCCCUGUGAAUGAUUUAGUUUAGUUAUUUAGUUUAGUGUGACAUUAAUCUGAAAAAUAGAGCAGUGGCUUUUCUGGCUGUUGUCAAUAAAGAUGUUAAUAAUAAUAAUAGUAAUGGUCGACCAGCGAGUGGCGCUGCCUCCAGACAACAGGUGUCUAGGUGUCUCGGGUACUAGAAGAUGGAUGGGGGGGGGGGUGUCUUGUUUAGACAUUGAAGGGGGUGUAGAAAUAGCCUAAGCUACCCUAUCCCUUUGAGAUGUAUUUUUUUCGUGUCUCAAUAAACAUACUUGAAUAGACACUAAGGCUUCUAAGCACGUAUUGUUGUUGUCGUUGAUGUUGAUUCCUUGUGUUGGAGCAUGCAGAUACGUUGGUGAAUAGGCAGGAUCUUCUACCUAAGCAGAGAUUAGUGUAACAUUAGUUCACCCCCAUACCCAUACUGUGGCCCCGUAGAGGAAAUGGGACAUUCCACUUUAUUGGGGGAAGCUGUAGACCUUUCCCCCUGAUUUUAAUUACAAUUAUGACUCAAUUUUUUCAGAUACUUAUAUUUUAUGUAGUGUUAUGAUCUAAGGAAAAAAGCAAGGAAAUAAAUGAAGAGAACAAGUUAAACAAACCUAUCAUAGGUCUAAUAUAGUAUAUGUACUAUAUUAUUAACCACACCAAGGUAUGCUUAAACUAAAAUAAAUAAAUAAAUAAAUUUUUAUUCAGGUAAGGUACAUACAUACAAGGUAAGAUACAAAGUUAAUGGAUUUGGUUGAUCGAGCAACUCCAGUCUUCAGCAGCACCACUACAUUACGAAAUCUUACCAGGAAUUAUGUUAUCAUGGACUGCAGUGCCAUUUGGCUAUUAUGAACUGCUAUCAGGACUUUUAUCAUGAAGCAAUUAAUUAGGCUAUCGUUGUUGAUGGAUUUCAGUGAUGAGUAUAGGUCUAUUAUGGAAUGUCAACAGGACUUUGGUUAUCAUUAUCAUGCUAUAAAGAAUUCUGGUCUACUCUAAAUUUACACAAGCUAUGCCAUUUAUCAUUAUAAUAUCAUGCAGGAAGUAUCACACAUCUAGGUCUAUAUAUCAACUAAUCAAAUCAGCAGAUGUUUCCAUACUGCUUGGCUUAGGCUCGGCUAUAUAAGUAUUUGGGAGUUUGCACCACCUGCGGAUGUGAAAUUAAAAUUCCUGUCACUGUCAAGGCCACUAUAGAGAGAUGACGGCCCUCAGGUAAAUUCAGGUAAGACUCCAAUUGUAAACCAUGUGAAUGGUUUCCACGUGACAGGACACUCCAGGACAUACAUAUAUGUGUGGUGCCCUGUAAACACCGAUUUUCGACUAAAUGGCAUGGGUUACUUUAAAGUCAUCAUUAGUUCAUAUACUCACGAAUAUUGGAAAAUAUUCUCGUGUUGUUCCCAUAGUUGGUUAGUGGAAUAUUGACUAUAGUGUUCUCAUAUUGUCUCUUAUUGCAUUUCCAGCCCAUUAUGUGCCUCUGUAACCCUUUCCACUACCGCCCACAAGAUGGGUAUGGGGUGCAUAAUAAAUGAACUAAUCUA